CCCCCAGUGCGGGCGCGUUCGGCCACGGCGCGGGCCCCCCCGCGGGGGCUGCUCUAUGAGCGGCACGGGGAGCCCCCCGCCGUCGUGCAACUGAAGGACCUCGAGGUGGCCGAGCUGGGGGACUCCGAUGUCCAUGUCAAGAUGCUGGCAGCCCCCAUCAAUCCUGCCGACAUCAAUAUGAUCCAAGGGACCUACGCCAUCCUCUCCCCGCUGCCAGCCGUGGGAGGGAACGAAGGUGUCGGGGAAGUGCUGGAGGUCGGGCGUCGUGUGGCGGCUCUGAAACCCGGGGACUGGGUCAUCCCGGCGGGCGCCGGACUCGGGACGUGGCGGACGCGGGGGGUGUUCCCUGAGGAGACGCUGCUGAAGGUGCCCAGCGACAUCCCGGUGCUGUGCGCCGCCACCCUGAGCGUCAACCCCUGCACGGCGUACCGCAUGCUGGCCGACUUCGAGACCCUGGCGCCGGGUGACUCCGUCAUCCAGAACGCCGCCAACAGCGGCGUGGGCCAGGCUGUUAUCCAGAUCGCCAAAGCCUCCGGCAUCAAGACCAUCAACGUGGUGAGGGACAGACCUGAUCUCCCAAAGCUGGUGGAGAGGCUGAUGGCCCUGGGCGCAGACCAUGUCAUCACGGAGGAGAUGCUGAGAAAGCCAGAGAUGAAAGAUAUAUUUAAGAGCAUUCCGAAGCCCCGGCUCGCCCUGAACUGCGUCGGAGGCAAAAGCACUACGGAGAUGCUGCGGCAUCUGCAGCCCAAAGGGACCAUGGUCACCUACGGGGGGAUGGCAAAGCAGCCUGUGAUGGUGCCUGUGAGCGCGUUCAUCUUCCGGGACGUGCGGCUCCGUGGCUUCUGGAUGACCCAGUGGAGGAAGAACCACGCGCAGGACCAGGAGAGCCUGGCCAGCAUGAUGGAUGCCUUGUGCCAGCUGAUCCGGAGGGGGCAGCUCGUCGCGCCGGCCUGCACUGAGGUCCCGCUCCAGGACUACAAGGCAGCGCUGGAGGCCACCAUGAAGCCUUUCACAUCCUCAAAGCAGAUCCUCCUCCUCUGACACCCCAAGACCUCGGCUCGUGGGUGGCAGCGAGCUGAGCCCGGUGCUGCUCCACCGCAGCCAAGCUUUCCCUUCCUGCCUUGUCUGCAGACAAGAGAUGCUCAGGAGGGGAAAAAACCUUCCAG